UGUGUCGAAAGCAUCCUGUUAUGCCAGGGGACGCAUCUGAUAGUAGUGAUGACUCCGAUGCAAAAACAAAUGAAAAGGCCUGUACCGUCAAGCAUCAGAUCACUAAUGCUAACUUCACAGGUAACACUGAGAGAGUUGGUAUGGAGAACUUUGAGCUGCUCAAAGUAUUGGGAACUGGAGCUUAUGGAAAAGUGUUUUUGGUCAGGAAGAACAGCGGUCACAAUGUGGGCCAGCUAUAUGCUAUGAAGGUGUUAAAGAAAGCAGCUGUUGUUCAAAAGGCAAAAACAACAGAACACACCCGGACUGAGAGGCAGGUGUUGGAGCACAUCCGCCAGUCUCCGUUCCUGGUCACGCUUCACUAUGCCUUUCAGACACAGAGCAAACUACACCUCAUAUUGGACUAUGUGAGCGGCGGGGAGUUGUUCACUCAUUUGUACCAGCGGGAUCACUUUCCUGAGGAGGCGGUGCGGAUAUAUAUUGGGGAAAUAAUCCUUGCUCUGGAGCACCUGCACAAGCUUGGGAUCGUCUACAGAGACAUCAAAUUGGAAAACAUUCUUCUCGACAGUGAAGGCCAUGUGGUUUUGACAGAUUUUGGGCUCAGCAAAGAGUUUCUGGACGAAGAGAAGGAGAGGACCUACUCUUUUUGUGGCACAAUUGAGUACAUGGCACCUGAAAUCAUCCGGGGGAAAACAGGGCAUGGCAAGUCUGUAGAUUGGUGGAGUCUUGGGAUCCUGAUGUUUGAGUUGCUGACAGGAGCAUCUCCUUUUACCUUAGAGGGAGAGAGAAACUCCCAGAGCGAGGUGUCAAAACGUAUUUUGCGCUGUGAUCCACCAUUCCCCUCACUGAUUGGACCUACUGCCCAGGACCUGCUCCGGAAGUUGCUGGUGAAAGAUCCCCACAAGAGGCUGGGCUCUGGACCACGAGGAGCUGAAGACAUCAAGGCACAUCCCUUCUUCAAGGGACUGAACUGGGCUGACUUGGCUCAGAAGAAGGUGCAAAGUCCAUUCAAGCCAGAGCUGAAGAGUGAGCUUGACGUGGGGAACUUUGCUGAGGAGUUCACAGGGAUGGAGCCCGUCUACUCUCCGGCGAGUACUCCUCCGAGCACUGACCGCCUCUUCCAGGGUUACUCCUUUAUAGCUCCCUCCAUCCUGUUCAACAAGAAUGCGGUCAUGGGAGACUAUGUAGAAUCCCAGUUUAGUGCUGAUCGACCAGGAUUGGCCUCUGUCCAGCGCAGUGCCAUGUUAGAGGAAUCACAGUUUUUUCAGCACUAUGAGCUGUGUCUUCAAGGACCACCCCUAGGUGAGGGUAGUUUUUCUGUCUGCAGGAAAUGCAGGCACAAGCAAAGUGGCCAUGAGUAUGCAGUCAAGAUUGUAAGCCGCAGAAUGGAGGCAAACACUCAGAGGGAGAUUGCUGCUUUGAGACAAUGUGAGGCUCAUCCCAACAUCGUCAAGCUGCAUGAAGUAUAUGCUGAUCAGUUCCACACAUAUUUAGUGAUGGAACUUCUACAAGGUGGGGAGCUGCUAGAAAGGAUCAAGAGGAAGAAACUCUUUGGCGAGGCAGAGGCCAGUCAGCUGUUACAGAGCCUAGUGUCAGCUGUCAGCUUCAUGCAUGAGAACGGAGUCGUGCACAGAGAUCUCAAACCAGAGAAUGUGCUGUUUGCAGAUGAAGGGGAGGACUCGGUGCUGAAAGUAAUCGAUUUUGGAUUUGCCCGUCUGUGCCCUACAGGCAGCGCCCCUCUGCAGACUCCCUGCUUCACACUGCAGUAUGCUGCACCUGAGCUUUUUGAGAGUGCAGGUUACGACAAACCCUGUGACCUCUGGAGUCUUGGGGUUAUCCUGUACACCAUGCUGUCAGGCCAGGUGCCAUUUCAGAGUGAGCAGCGUUGGAUGACCUCAUCGUAUUCUAGAGACAUCAUGCAAAAGAUAAAAGAAGGCGAUUUCUCAUUGGAUGGGGAGGCCUGGAAGGGUGUAUCAGAGGAUGCCAAAGAGCUUGUUAAAGGCCUACUGACUGUGGAUCCAGAGAUGCGUCUCAAACUCUCUGAUUUGAAAGAGAACAGCUGGCUACAGGGUGGUGCUUCCAUGUCCACUACUCCUUUGUGCACUCCAGAUGUGCUAGAGUCCAGUGGGCCUACAGUUCGCACCUAUGUCAAUGCUACCUACAAGGCUUUCAACCGGUGUAAGAGAGAGGGCUUCUUUCUGAAAAGUGUGGACAAUGCUCCCCUAGCAAAACGACGGAAGCUAAAGAUGACAAGUACAGGUGUAGAGACGCGAUGGAGUUCAUCCUCCUCCUCUUCCUCUUCUUCCACUUCCUCUGCCUCUGCAGCAGCAUCCAAAACACAGCCAAAGCAGACUGUGACCCCAAAGCAGAGCUAGCCUAAAUAGCAGGGGAGAGAAAGUAGAUAAAUGAAGUGAUAUGUGGUCAUAUGGCAACAAGUCCUCCAGUAGUGACAAGAGUCACACAGAUCCAUACAAACACACUGAGAAACCAAAAGACUGGUUCAGAUUAGUGGGGGGGUUUUUUUGGCUUUCAAUACAAAAUCGAAUACUGCUUUUUUUUUUUAACAGCAAAACAGACUGAUUCAUCUUCCCCAAACCAAACAAGUGUUUUCCUUGAGUCGAUGGAAGAGAAGAUGGUAGAGAUCUAGUCUGGCAUCUUUAAUAUUUUCAGAAAUCUGUGGCCUUGGAAAAAAGUUACUUAUUCAGUAUUCAAUCACCAUGAUUUGGUGAUCACGCACUAAAAGAUACAAAUGUACUUAUUGUCCUUGUGGCUAAGAAACAGUGCCUGGCUAUAUAGGGUUAAAGGGAAAAAGGAGCCAUAAAUGAGCAGAAGCCAUAUAUACAGCAAAGCACCCUUUGUAAAUACACACAAAUUUGCACAGAGCAAAUGAACAGACCUUUCAAGAAUUUGCAGACAUAAUUCUUUGAUUGUUUCUAGAUAUUUUUAACAUUCCCACACUUACAAUGAUUGGAAAAAAACAAAGGUUUGGCCACAAGUGCUGCGCCACAUGUAGGCACUGUUAUGUAAAGAUAACAGUUUUUAUAAAAUGUGUUUAGGUUGGGGAAAAAUGUUGUUUGCACUAUUUAUAGAGAUCAGCAGUGAUCAAAUUGACACAAUUCUGAAAGGACUGAGUGCAGAGAAAUUCCUGUGUUGUGUAUAAUGUUAUGAGACUGCAUAGGGUGAAUAAUGCUGUAGUCAGAAUGUUCCCUAUUUGACACAGAUUUAACUAGGUGUCGAUCUACAGUCCAAACAUCACUGUCUUUUCAGAACAGUUGCAUCCCCAGGACACUACCAGUGCUACAGAUCCCACUGAACACAUGUGAAAUGUGCUUUGGUAGGUUGCUCUGAAUGCGUGUUUUCAGAAUCUAGGUUUGACUUGGAAGAGGUCAAAGUGUAUAGCAAGUGUCCAACUGUAGCUCCUGUAAAGAGAUGACGGCCCAGAAGCAGUCAUGAUAGACAGUUUGAUUUUAUUGUCAUACAUGCUGUAAAUUCCUUUGUCUGAAAAUGUCUAGCAUGCUAAUCUAUUGUGAUGAUGUGGAAUGUUUUUCUAUAUUGUGGUGUCUUGGGCCCAUUAAGGAACUGUCACUCAGUUUUUUUUUAAUGCUAGUGCAGCUUAAGUGUAGAUUGGUGUAAAAUCCAUUCUGGUGAUUCUGAGUGCACAGUGCCUUGGGCUUGUGAAUUUUAAAAGGGUAUUACAGGUUGUAUUGGCAUGUUAGACCAGCACCAAUGGCUGCCGCAAACACAGUCUGAUUUGACACGAUAAAGCUCAGCUUGUUGUUAAAUGGCUGACCAUUUGUCUUUUUACAGAAGUGGUUUUGAAUCAUUGUAAGGCUUCAAACUGUGCUAUAGAAUGAGACACUUAUUCAUGACGAUUCUGGCCAUCUUGCAAGAUCUGUUGUAAAUACUCAUUCUUGCUUAAGGGCAAAAAAGAAACAAAUAAUGUAAUGAUUUAAAUCUGACAACUGUUUUAAUCGUAUAUUAGUAUUCUGAAGUAGUUAUUUUUAUUGGACAUUUUUUACAUGUUGCACAGUCAGUUGAUCAGUUAAACAUAUUUCAACUUUAAAGGGGCUUUCAUUGAUAUUUAUUAACUGUAAUUGAUUUUAAUGCUGUGGUAAUGGGAUUAUGAUAAUUUGGCUCCUGCUAUGUACCAGCACCCUGUGUGUGUGUGUGUGUGUGAGACAGAGAGAGAGAGAGAGAAGGGGAGAGGGCGUGUGUUCCUGGGAGAUUGGCUGUACUGAUACUUCUGUAUUAGAUGAAGCAUUAUUGUUACUUACUGUAUUAUUGUUUGCUGCCCUUGUCUGUUUAAAAGUAACAGAUUGUUAGUGUUUGAACCUUGAUUUUUUUUUUACCUAAGAAACUGCUUUUUAUUGGUGUUCACAUUCUUUUGAUGUAGUAAAUGAUUUUUCUUUCUUUUUGUUGAGCAUUACUAUUUUGCUGAGAUGCACUGUCACUGAUAUCGUAACUGGGAGUUAAUCUUUUGCACCAAGAUUUUUUUGGCUGGUGCAAAAUAAACAUUGAAUUUAAAUGGA